UGUGCGCGCCUCUCGUGCGUCUAAACUAGCAACAGCGCAGAGAAGCGUUCCGUGAUAAAAAAAAAAACUAACUUUGAAACAAUUCGGGGAUUUUUGUUUCACUAAAUAGAACAUCUUCUUGAUUACUGACGUGGCGUUUUUUAGCCUAAAGGCUAGCCUGGCUAGCUUUGGUCGGUGUCUGUUGAAGAAAAUGACCGACUAAUUAGCUCAAUUGUUGUUAGCUAGCUUCGUAUUUAGUUUCACGUAGCGGGACGCAACACAAACCACUGCAAACAUGCAGGACUUGCUGGCAAACGUGGACCACAUCAAGUUCGACCUGGAGAUUGCCGUGGAGCAGCAGCUGGGGGCUCAGCCCCUGCCGUUCCCCGGCAUGGACAAAUCCGGCUCAGCUGUUUGUGAGUUCUUCAUGAGAGCAGCGUGCGUGAAAGGCGGGAUGUGUCCUUUCCGUCACAUCAGUGGAGAGAAGACAGUGGUGUGCAAGCACUGGCUCAGGGGUCUUUGCAAGAAAGGAGACCAAUGCGAGUUCCUUCAUGAAUACGACAUGACAAAGAUGCCUGAAUGCUACUUUUACUCAAAAUUUGGGGAGUGUAGCAACAAGGAAUGCCCAUUUCUGCACAUUGAUCCCGAAUCGAAGAUCAAGGACUGUCCCUGGUACGAUAGAGGCUUCUGCAAACAUGGUCCUGAUUGCAGACAUAGACACACAAGGAGAGUGAUUUGCGUCAACUACUUGAUCGGAUUCUGUCCAGAGGGAAAAUCUUGCAAAUUUAUGCACCCUCGGUUUGAAUUACCAAUGGGAACUUCUGAACAACCUCCUCUGCCACUACAGAGUCAGAAUCAGGCGAAGACUGGGUCAUCCAUGGGCCGCUCGUCGCUCUCUAUAGUCCAGUUGGCCAGUCCAGGCCAGCGCCCACAGAACCACCAUUCCAUGCCUGGGAUUCAACAGAACCAUCUCCUGACCGGCAGGGGUCCUCGGCCGCUGGACCAAGUCACCUGCUACAAGUGUGGCGAAAAGGGCCACUACGCCAACAAGUGCACGAAAGGCCAUCUUGCUUUCCUGAGUGGACAGUGACCUUAAAGCUGCGGAGAAGAUAUGCUUGAAAGGUUGGACUUUGAACUGAAAGACUAAAAAAAAAAAUGCGAUGUUCUGCUCAAUCGACACAAUAGGCACUAUUGUUUCUCGGCCGUUAUACAUUGUGGAGACGGUCACGGUCAUCGUGUGUGGGAUACCCAAGUGGAACCUCCCGUCACCUGAAUUCACAGGACACCUUUUUUUAUGCUGGUGAGAAAUCACGGAAGGGUAAUAAUGAAUAUUUUUCUUGUAAGAGUUGUUGCUUACAUAAACCCUGGAAGUUGCUUGAUGAUCAAAAGUACAUAGUUGAACCGGUUUCAAACAUUACCACUGAUGCCAUAGUUACAUGUAAGAUCAUUCUUCUAUAGUGUGUAAAUAAAUGUUCCAUUCUAAAAAUG